UAUCAUCAUCAAAAGUUUGUGUUUGAAGUUUAAGUUAAUCACCAAAUUAAAAGUAAUUGUUUAAUUUCAUUUCCUCAAGAAAUCAAAAAUGGCUGACAACUCUCAGAAGAUGGCUUACAAUGCUGGUGAGACCAAGGGCCAAGCUCAGGAGAAGGCCAGUACCCUUAUGGACAAGGCAGGCAAUGCUGCUCAAUCUACAAAGGACAAAAUUAAUGAGGCUGGCCAGACAGUCCAGGCAAAGGCACAGGGAGCAGUUGCAGCAGUGAAGGAUGCAACUGGCAUGAACAAAUAAAUUUGAGGACCAGAUAAUUAUAAUAAAAAUGUCAUAAAGUUGCUAAUUAUAAGCAAACUUUAUUGAUUUUUAUUCAGUUUAAUUAUGAUUUUAGGUGUUUUGGGCAUCUCUAUAGAAGAAUGCCUUUUUUUUAAUUAAUUUUAUGGUAUUUCCUUUGUAUAAAGAAGAGAGCUCUCACUCUUUAUGUAGCUCUCACUUCAUAUAAAUGCACUAGUCAUUUGCUGUUUUA